AAAAAAAAAACUUUUUGGAUAACAAUGGCGAGCCUGUGAAUUGAGCUACGCUCAGCUUCUCUUACCUUUAUAUCUCUUACUUCUUUUCUUCUCCCAUCUAGAGCUUGAAAUCUGCAAUGGCGGUAUCAUCAAUCUCUGCAACUCUGUUUCCUUCUUCAACAAUCCCAAACCCUUCACCCAAACCAAGGCUCACCUUUCUUUCUACUUCUUCACCACUUUCUUUCAACCCCUUGAAGCUCGCCAAUCCUUCCCUCAAACUUUCUCCGUUCACCACAAAGAUUUUUGCUUCCCCUGAAGAUUUUCAAGAGAUACCCGAGGUUGGAGCCUCUGAGGUGCCCACUUCUUCAUCUGUUACCAUAGAAGCAGAUAAGGCAGCUCCUAAGCAGAAGAUUCGAAUUAAACUUAGGUCAUACUGGGUACCCUUGAUCGAGGACUCUUGCAAGCAGAUUCUGGAUGCCGCUCAAACUACCAAUGCCAAGACGAUGGGACCUGUGCCAUUACCGACCAAGAAGAGGAUCUAUUGUGUCCUUAAAUCCCCACAUGUGCACAAAGAUGCAAGGUUCCACUUUGAGAUUCGGACACACCAGCGCCUUAUCGACAUUCUAUACCCAACAGCGCAAACGAUUGAUUCGUUGAUGCAACUCGACCUUCCUGCCGGGGUUGAUGUGGAAGUCAAGCUGUGAAGAAGCAACACUGUAGUUUAGAUAAUUUUUUGUACAAGUUGAUAAAGAUGCCACUUGAAAACUUGUAUUAAGAUCUGCUUCAUUUCUUUCCUUGUUUUGUUAUUUCUUCUGCAAACUUAAAAGAACUUCAAGAAAUGCAAAUAUUCAAGGUAUUGAGGUUUGCUGAUUGC